UUAUUGAUUCCUUAGAUCUGAUCAAAAAGGGUAAUAAUCAAGAAAAUGUGCGAGCACGAGAAGCAAUUAGAUUUUUGGAUCAAAUAGGUAGCCAGCGGAACCAUGAUCAUUUUAUCCGUGCACAGAAGGAGAAUGAAAAAUUACCCCAUUGGACAUGUGCGGGAGAGUUUCUUGUCGAAGAAAGUUUCCGACAUAACACUUCACAUGUUUGCCAAAAUGAAAAAAUAGCUAAGGAAUUACAUGAUAAUGACAUCACGGAUGAAAAACCUAUAACUGAUAUUCCACAAGAAUUUCGUCCUAUAUUAAGUUGUUGGCUUUAUUUUGCACAUUUAGCGAACAUCGAUGAUAUAUUAUUUGUGACAGAAAAUCAAGAAUUAACGAAGUAUGCAAAAAUGUUUGGUGUUCCCGUUGUUGGUGUUGGAAAUAUUCCCUAUAGGUAA